GCUCUGCCUGGCCGCACAGCGCUGCUCUCAGCUCCGCUCCGUGUUGUUGCCUUCCCCUCUCACUCAUGCGGACCCGGCCGACGCUCAUGGACUAGCUGCAGGUGUGGUGGUGGACUGUAUCGGGUUUGUAGCGGAGUAGGGCACCCAGUGGACCAUGGCUGCCAAAGAGGACCUCUACAGUAAAAUCCUCCCUCGGAGGCUCCGGCAGAACCGACCGGGUUCAGUGAAAUGUGGCUCCAACCUGGACGUGCUGUUAUCUAUGGGCUUCCCCAGACCGAGAGCACUGAAAGCUCUGGUAUCAACAGGAGGUCGGAGUGUUCAAGCAGCAUGUGACUGGCUCUUCUCUCAUGUAGAUGACCCGUUCCUGGACGACCCUCUGCCCAGGGAGUUUGUCCUCUACCUGCGGCCCAGCGGACCCCUGCAGAACCAGCUGUCACACUUCUGGCAGCAGAGCCGCGUCACAUGUGGCAAAAACAAAGCACACAACAUUUUCCCACACAUCACCCUCUGCCAGUUCUUCAUGUGUGCAGACCACAAAGUGGAAGCCCUGUGUGAGGCCCUGCAGGCGUCCGUCCAGCAGUGGCGGGGUCGAUUCCCCAGCCCUCUGCCUCUGGAGCUCUACACAUCCUCCAACUUCAUCGGCCUGUUCGUGGAGGAGACGGUGGCCGACGUCCUCAAGCAGUUUGCCGCUGACUUCUCCACAGAGGCCGCCAGGAAGGCAGAGGUGCAUGUGGAGCCUCAUAAGAAGCAGCUCCAUGUAACUCUGGCCUACAACUUCCCCACCAAUCACCUGCCUUCGCUGGAGAAACUGGCCAAGGGCAUCGAAGUUAAGCUGGGCUGUGAUUGGCUGGCAGUCUUGUUUUCCCGGGACAUUCGUUUUGCAAACCAUGAGACGCUGCGGGUAAUGUACCCCUACUCGCCUCAGAACGAGGAUGAGCUGGAGCUGGUUCCUGGAGAUUUUGUCUUCAUGUCUCCGGUGGAUCAGAGCAGUACCAGCGAGGGCUGGGUGUACGGGACAUCGCUGGGCUCAGGGCUGUCCGGCCUGCUGCCUGAGAACUAUGUCAGCCUGGCGGAUGAGUCCGAGACCUGGGUGUUCCACGGCUCCCAUUCCUUCUUCAGCUGUGGGCCAAGUGACAGGAGCAGUAAGGACAGAGGGAUGUUUGACGGGCUGCUGGACAGCCGACGGAUGGAGAACAGCAGUCCUGGAGACACCCCCACCCUCAGUCUCAUCUGUCAUCCAAUGCAGGUCCUGCGGAUAAGUAGCAGUCAUUCUAGGCAGCCCAAGCGGACGCUCUUCGUCUGUCGGCAUGGGGAGAGGAUGGACGUGGUGUUCGGAAAACACUGGCACUCCCUCUGCUCCGACAGUAAAGGCAGAUAUGUACGCUCCAAUCUGAACAUGCCUCCCAGUUUGCCGCUGUGGGGGGGGCAGAGAGAUUACGACAUGGACGCUCCCAUCACUGUGAUCGGAUCCACACAGGCUCGACUUGUGGGUGAGGCUCUGUUAGAGAGUAACACAGUGAUCGACUUUGUGUACUGUUCUCCUUCUCUGCGAUGUGUUCAGACUGCACAGAACAUCCUGAAAGGUCUGCAGCAGGAUGGUAAGUUGAAGGUGCGAGUGGAACCGGGGCUUUUUGAGUGGACCAAGUGGGUUUCGGGGACCUCCCUGCCUGCGUGGAUCCCCCCCACUGACCUGGCUGCAGCCCACUUCAGUGUGGACACAACAUACAGACCUCUGAUCCCAGUCAGCAAGCUCAGUGUGUCCGAACCUUACGAGACCUACAUGAGCCGGAGCUACCAAGUGACCAAAGAUAUCCUGUCAGACUGCAGAAACACUGGAAACAACGUGCUGAUUGUAGCCCACGCGUCUUCCUUAGAGGCGUGCACACGGCAGCUGCAGGGCCGCGGCCCACAGAGCGCCAAGGACUUCAUCCAAGUAGUCCGAAAGAUCCCCUACCUGGGCUUCUGUUCCUGUGAGGAGCAGGGAGACACAGGGGUUUGGCAGUUAGUGGACCCUCCCAUCCUCCCCCUCACACACGGACCAAACCACUCCUUGGACUGGAGGGAGACACUGAUGCAAGAAUGACAUCUGAUCUGAACUCUGUCCCACCUGAUCAGACUGUGCUCCUUCCCCUCCACUGACUGCAGGAACAAGUUUCAGACCAGUGCCACUCAAAUACUGGAAGCUUUCUUUUCCCGCCUCUUCACAGAGCUGGUGGCUCAGCAGUGAGCCAUGAUUAAGCUUCAUGCCUGAAUAUGAAGAAAAGUUGCAGCCGAUUAAUGGUUGUCGAACUGACUGAUCUGACUCUGAGGCUGGAUUAAACAAUGAUUUAACAAAUGUCCACUUACAAUAAUUACAGUAUUACAUUUUUUUUUUUGCAGGUAGUGUGAGAUUGAAUUAGUCUGGCAGUACGGGUGUUGGCUGCACUGCUGGGAGAGCUCUCACUGAACACCAGCUGACUUUGUCAUCCCAGUCUCAGAACAUUUUGUGAAAUAAGCACAUUUUAUAACAGAUAAUAUUGUCCUGUGUAGCCUAAAGAAAAAUAAUUUAUUACAAACAAAAAUGCCUGAAAAUUUAGUUUUUAUUGUUGUUGUUUUUAUAAACAAAUAACUGUAUGAAUGCAGACUCUUGAGGCAACAUGACAAGAUGUUGUUAUUGCAUCGCAUUUUGAGCAGUAUUGACCAAUUAUUUGUUUGCGUGCUUUGCUUGCACCCAGGUAAAAAGACUGUGUUGAGAGUGUAAGAGCGGAACGCAUUACCUCCCUCCCAUUUUUGAAGUCAUCAACCGUUUUCUGACGACUAUUUCCUUUUUCUUUAAUAAAAAAAAUAGGUGAGCUACUUCUUAAACAACCUGGUCGCAGAAGUCUAUGGAGGACGGAACAUGACUUAAGUAUAAAUAAAUAAAUGUAUGAAGAAAUACAGGAAUAAAUAAAUAAAUACGUAAAUAAAUACAGGAAUAAAUAAAUGACGAA